GCAGCAUCAUGACUCUGCCGGAGCGCAGUGUUUCUGGGGUCCCGGCCUCACUUAUUACUGUGUAAAAACACAACUUUAUAGCCUUAUUCACUGAUUUAGGUGAAGCGGGAUCAUAUGCUAUGGAGAAAGUAUUUUAUGGUUUUCCCUGUGAGUUGUUCAGUUUCAACUUUAGGUUAUUUACAGUUCCCUUUACUUGUUUCUAGCUAACGUUAACCGUUAACUUCCGUUAGCUCGGUUAGCCGUGCAGCUAGCUGAGUCAGCCACGGGGUCCCAGGAGCCAAACCCGGCAAGAAAACCACCUCGGUAAUGACCGUGUGUGAGCCCACCGCCAUGUCUGAAGCCGCGGUGAUGGAGCCUCCCAGAGCAGGCGGCUUCCUGGAGUCAUCCUGCGGUGCAGGAGACAGCGCAGCCUCCCUUGACGCCAUUGUCUAUAAUGAGUCUUCAGAGGAAGAGUCCACAGGGGAAAGAGAAGAGGAAAUUGGUGCACAUGAUGAAGUCAACAGCAACACCAAGACUACAAAGGUCCCCGCUGAACAGACCUCAAACACACAAACAGUGAAAGCCCAGCGCCCAAAUUCCCUGUCGGUGCCAGCAGCAGGAGAGCCCGGCCUGUGGACGUCACAGGGUGAUGCAGAGGUGAAACUGAGGAUGGGGGACUCUGGCCUGGCUGCUGAGACCCCUUUGACCGUCAACCAGAUGUUCACCUCAGCUGUGGAGCGCUUUGGCGACUUUACAGCUCUGAGCUGGAAGGAGGGCGAGCAGCAGAAGAGCCUGAACUACAGAGAAUACUACCAGACCUGCCGCACCGCUGCCAAGAGCUUCCUUAAGCUGGGUUUGCAACGCUACCAUGGCGUCGGCAUCCUGGGCUUCAACUCCGCUGAGUGGUUCAUAUCUGACAUUGGAGCCAUUUUGGCAGGUGGAUUUGCUGUGGGCAUCUACACCACCAACUCUCCAGAGGCAUGCCAGUAUGUAGCAGACAACUGCAGGGCCAGUAUCAUUGUGGUGGAGAACCACAAACAGCUGCAGAAGAUCCUUCAGGUUGAAGACAAGCUGCCACACCUGAAAGCCAUUAUCCAGUACAAAGAUGCACUAAAAGAGAAGAGACCAAAUCUGUACACAUGGGCGGAGUUCAUGGAGCUUGGACGUGAUGAGCCUGACGCACCGCUUGAUGCGAUCAUCUCCAGCCAGAAGCCCAACCAAUGCUGCACGCUCAUCUACACCUCAGGAACCACAGGCCAGCCCAAAGGAGUCAUGCUCAGCCAUGACAAUAUAACAUGGACUGCGCUCUCCACCAGCCAUCAUGUGCGACUGACAGACGCCACUCAGACUCAGGAGACGGUGGUCAGCUACCUGCCGCUCAGUCACAUCGCAGCUCAGAUGGUCGACAUCUGGGUCACCAUGAGGGUCGGAGGGGCCACCUACUUCGCUCAGCCAGAUGCACUGAAGGGCUCUCUGGUAAACACGUUGAAGGAGGUGCGUCCCACAGCCUUCAUGGGCGUCCCACGUGUCUGGGAGAAGAUGCAGGAAAAGAUGAGGUCUAUCGGAGCCAAGUCUUCGACAGUGCGCAGGAAGGUGGCUGCCUGGGCCAAAGAUGUCGGCCUGCAGACUAAUCUGACCAAGAUGAAUCAAAGAGGAGCAGCUGGCCGCACACCGAUCAGCUAUCACAUAGCCAAAAGGCUUGUGUUCAAAAAGGUGCGUAAGGCCCUGGGCCUGGACCGCUGCAAUAAAUGCUACACAGGUGCCGCACCCAUCACUAAAGACACCCUGGAGUUCUUCCUCAGCCUGGAUAUUCCUCUGUACGAGCUGUACGGCAUGAGUGAGAGCACCGGACCUCACACCAUCUCCCUCCCUGACGCCUUCAAGCUCACCAGUUGUGGUAAAGAGAUCCCGGGGUGCAAGACGAAGCUGCACAACACCGACGAGGAGGGAAACGGAGAGCUCUGCUUCUGGGGCCGUCACGUCUUCAUGGGUUACCUCAACAUGCCCGACAAGACGGAGGAGGCUCUCGAUGCAGAGGGCUGGCUGCACUCAGGUGACCUGGGCAAACACGACCAGAACGGAUUCCUCUUCAUCACCGGAAGAAUUAAAGAGCUGAUCAUCACAGCAGGAGGAGAGAACAUCCCCCCUGUUCCAAUCGAGGAUGCGGUGAAGGAGACAGUGCCACUGAUUAGCAAUGCCAUGCUGAUCGGAGACAAGAGGAAGUUUCUGUCGAUGCUGCUCACCGUUAAGUGCCAGGUAAACGCUGAGUCAGGCGAUCCAGAGGACGAGCUGACACCAGAAGCUGUCGAGUUCUGCCGGAAGCUGGGCAGCAACGCCACACGCGUCUCUGAGAUUGCAGGCGGCCGAGACCGAGCGAUCCACGCUGCCAUCCAGGAGGGAAUCAACAGAGUCAACGAGAAGGCAACCUCCAACGCUCAGCGCAUUCAAAAGUGGAUCAUUCUGGAUCGGGAUUUCUCCCUUCCAGGAGGAGAGCUGGGCCCUACCAUGAAGCUGAAGCGGCCGGUGGUGGUGAAGAUGUACAAGGAGCAGAUUGAGAACUUUUAUAAUGAACUGGCAACUCCAACGACCCCCGACAACCCGCUGCCUCCCAAAUAGAGCUGCUCCUCCACCUGCAGGAAGGUCCAGGCUGUCUGGGUUAACAUGCAGACACGCUCCACCUCAUUUAUCCAACCUGCCCCUGUUGCCAUUCUUCUCUUGUAAAAAUGUUUUUGAUUGCCUUAAGUUUUGAUCGUUCUGUCUUGGUUUACAUUUGUGGGUGUUGUACAAAAGGAAAAGCAAAAAUAAGAAGCCAUUGUAAAAUAGCUUUAUGAUUUUAAAGGCAAAUUCAACUAUUUAUUCAAUGAACGGUAAUAUUGGCUAGAUGAAAUAGCUGCAGCUGUAUGUAAGAAAAGUUGUUUAUUGCACUGCAUUACUUGAGUUGAAGAGAGAAUCAAAAAAAAUUAUAGGAUGUUUUCAAAAGGAGUUUUGUGUUUUUGAACAUGUUUUUCUGUAUUUAUUUUUGGUUUGCCAAAGUUUACGUGGGCCAAAUGAGCUUCAAAUGAAGGAACAUGUCUAGAAAAGACUUCAUAUGAAAUUCAGCAAUCAUGUUUACUGGCCUUUUUAAAUGUGGUGGUUUUUCCUCAGUAAGUAAUCAUUUAUUUUGUACAUGUCUUCAAAGUUGUCUGCAAAGGUAGUUGCAGAGGUGUAUUGAAAUCUCUCUCAUAACUAAGCAUCCAGAUUUUGUUUUUCAUGCUGUAAAAACGUCACUGAAGCCAUAUCUAUUGCCUUUUGUAACUAAAGUCAGAUUUGUUCUGUAUGCUGACUCAUUGCACCCUACACACCUGCCUGGUCCUGUUGAAAUGUUUUCCAACAGUCCUUCUGUGUGUAGACCUGUUGCGAUUUUGUGUAAUAUUGUAAAUACGUUUUUGCCUACAUCAUCUUUCGCUUCUUUAUUUAAUUUUAUUUUUUCAGUUAAUUUUUCUGCCAUUUAUUCAGCAGCCCAGAAAUCUCAUGCAUACUUUUUUGCACUCAAACAUGGAACAUGUGUUAGAGGAAUGAAAAAUGUACCUAAAUUAUAUUAUAUGUAGGUUUAUGGCAAAUAUAUCAACUGCAUUAGACUUGUCCUCAUUGGUCUGUUGCCAUCUUUUAAGCAUCACAUAUAGAAAAUGAUCAGCUGCUCGAGGUUUUGAUUUGGUGACCAUGUCUUCAGCCUCUCCUUGAAGACAUUUCCAAAGAUCCUAUCUUGUAUAUGAAGUAGUUGUGUGUGUGUGUGUGUGUGUGUGUGUGUAUAUAUAUAUAUAUAUAUAAAUUAAAAAGCAUAUCAAAAGGUAUUUGUAGCUCUCUGAUAGUUCAAAGUGAAGGUUUGGCAGUUAUGGUUUGUUCAAACUAACUGAAGAUCAGGGUAAACAAAACCGAGCAAUGUGUGUGUAUAAAGUUAAAUAAGGAAAUGAUGGUGAUUCAGUGUGUCAGGGUGAGUGAGUUUCUUGCUGUCUUGAAUUAGUACAAACUUCAUAAAGCCAAUAAUAGCUAUUCAAUGCAUAAAAUGAUAGUGGAACAGUUUAACAGCCUGUAUCGAAGCUUUUGAAUCUAAAGGGUUGUUAUUUGAUGGUUUAAUUACAGCACUUUAUCAUUACGAACUAUUUUAUUUAAAUGUUAUUCAGUAAAAGCCUUAAACAGUUCAGCAAGAACUCACAAGACCGCAGACAGAAACUGGAUUUACCUGACCCUAAAGAGCUGUUAUUGGUGUUGUGAAUAAUAAUCAGGGUUGAAAGAUGGAAAUGUGCAUGACGCCGCAGGAGAAGAGCGAAGCGGGCCUGUGAAUGUUUGUGUGUUUGAUCAGUUAUGGAAUAAAAGUUUAUUAAACUAA